GAGGAAUACUUAUGCCGGUCUGGUCAUCGUCAGUGUACAAUCUCCAGUCUUGCUCCUACUUGCGCCUCCACACACGGAUGCUGCCUGUAUUUUUCCUGCAUCACGAACCACCGUUGUGACUUUCCUCUUCAUCUGGAGUUAGACAGAAACUGGGAGACUGACACUGACAAGGCUCUGACUCUCACACCGCUCACCUCUGAGCAUCCUUCACAGUAAUUUGGUGCCUGGAACAGACAUCCCGGCAUUGCCCUGAUGAAACUGAAGAAGGUGCUUCAGUUAACCCAAGAGAGGGAGCUGCGGACGGAGAUGGAGGGGAAGGAAGACAUGAGGACUGAGAAGAAGCUGCUGGCCUUCUGGAUGUUCUUGUCCGACCGGACCUGGACCCUUUUUAGGCCCCGUGAGAGACCUGGCUUCCAGCGCUCGGCCUCAGCCGCCCGGCUACUCUAAAGUGAGGCAUAAGGAGUGUGUGUGCGAGUGUGUGUGCUUGUGUGUGUGUGUGUGUCAGGUUCAAGUGUUCAAAGAAGCCUCUCAGAUCUGCUGUCAUGAUUUUGUGGACUGUGUGUGCAAUCGUGUGCAUGUGUGUGUGAGUGGUUCAAAGCUUUCAGUACCGUUGCUCCACCAUUUGACAGGAAGUUACAGGUGGAGCUGAUUAGUGGCUAUUUGACGAGAACUCUGACAUCAACAAAGUUUUACAUGGCGUGAAGGAAAAGCUGAGACAGUCCUAAAAGUGGUCCCUCAAAGUGGAAAUGGAUAUUUGACUACAGCAACCAUUUGGAAGCUAAUUUUAUAUACCCCAACAGAAGAUUUUCAGCAAAAAAAAAAAAAAAAAAGGGGUUAACAGGGACCAGGCAUGGUGGUGAGCCAUCUGGCACUGGAACUGUGUUUCCAGGGGAAGAAGUUGAGGGGCUUCACCUCCAAGCUGACCUGCUCAGCUCAAGGCUUCCUCCCAGACGCUUGGAUCGUCGCAGCCCAGGUGCUGGUGCCUUACGUGGUGUCCGGACGGGGCAUGGUGGCGGCAGGGAUAGUCAUGGAAACAGUGCAACACUGGGAGGUGUUUCAAGAGAUCUCUGAGGUUUUUAUCUUGGUUCCAGCCCUGGUGGGACUCAAGGGGAAUCUGGAGAUGACAUUGGCAUCCAGACUGUCAACAGCAGCCAACACUGGGCAGCUGGAGGAGCCGCAGCGGCAGUGGAGGACAGUUUGCUGUAAUUUAGCUCUCAUCCAGGUCCAGGCCACAGUUGUCGGCUUCCUGGCCGCGGUGGCAGCAGUGAGUCUCGGGGGUCUGACCAGAGGUAGAGUGGAACUUCUCCACGCUGCCAUUCUGUGUGGCAGCAGUGUCACCACCGCCUUUAUUGCUGCGCUGUCUCUAGGCCUUGUGAUGGUGGCAGUGAUCAUUGGCUCCAGGAGAGUGGGCAUCAACCCAGAUAACAUAGCCACGCCCAUCGCUGCCAGCCUGGGUGACAUCAUCACGCUGUCUUUGCUUGCUGUGGUCAGCACCUUCUUUCUCUGCUACAGAGACAUGUGGUACCUGCCUCUUGCGGUGUGUGCCUUUUUCCUGCUUCUUGUGCCAGUGUGGAUCCUCAUCGCCUACCAGUCUCCACCAAUCAGAGAAGUCCUGAGGUCAGGCUGGCAGCCAGUUAUUUUUGCCAUGUCCAUCAGCAGUAUCGGUGGUCUGAUUCUGGAUAAGACAGUGAGCAAUCCAAACUUUGAGGGUAUGGCAGUGUUCACUCCAGUUAUCAAUGGUGUUGGAGGAAAUCUGGUAGCCAUCCAGGCCAGCAGGAUGUCUACCUACCUUCACUAUUGGAGCAUUCCUGGAGCUCUGCCAGUCAAAAUCACCAUGGACUGUCCUGGACCCUAUGCUACUUUCUGCUCUUCCGACCUGAAUUCCAAAUCAGCAAGAGUCCUGAUCAUCCUUGUAGUCCCAGGUCACCUUCUUUUCCUAUACAUGAUCCAUCUUCUGCAGGCAGGGCACACAACCAUGACACCUGCCUUCAUCAUUUGUUACCUUUCUUCAGCACUGUUUCAGGUGGUGAUUCUUCUGCAUGGAGCCAACCUGAUGGUGAAGUGGCUGUGGCAAAGGGGCUUGGACCCAGACAACUUCUCCAUCCCCUACCUGACGGCACUGGGUGACCUGCUUGGAACGGGGUUUCUGGCCCUGAGCUUUAGACUCAUUCAGAAGAACAGCUGCUGAGGAGUUGGGAUUUGAUCAACACCAUCAAAGUACUGGGACCUGUACACCUAUGCAGGACUUUGGAGUUACUAAGGUACCUUAUAGGUGAACACUGUGUCAUAAAGUAAUCCAUCCUUCAAGCAGGAUAUGUUGCUGCUUGCUGUUCUGGAGCAAAUACGAAAUACGAAAGAAAAAUACAAACUCCUGGGGACGGAAGUGAUAUUUAAAAAAAUAAAAAUAAAAAAAAAUAAAAAAGGGAACGUAAAACACACUAAGCACUUCCUACUGGCCAGUUUAUUAUCUUAGGCAACAUUUUGGUUAUCAUUUAGGCUUUGGUAAAGAAAUGUAAGUGUCUGAAUACAGACUAGUAACUUAAAGUACUAAAGCUAUGCAUUUGCUGACCUUAGAUAUGUAAGCAACCCUGCUUGUGGAUAAAUAAAAUAAUACUAUAUAAGAGUAGAUCAAAGGUCGAUAGCAAUUUCUGAUGCAAACUAGAAACACAUAUUCCAUUAAUAACAUUAAUAGUCUACUUCAAAACAAGGUAUAUGGACAGAAUGGAUAAGAAAAUUAAGCAUUUUACAGUUAGGUCCAUGUCAGUCGGUAGGUCAAUCUCAUAGAGUUCGUUUGGUUUUGCUCAUCUCUGAGUUACCACGUCAACGUUUUACGAAUCCAAAUCUAGAAACACAUAUUCCAUUAAUAACAUUAAUAGUCUACUUCAAAACAAGGUAUAUGGACAGAAUGGAUAAGAAAAUUAAGCAUUUUACAGUUAGGUCCAUGUCAGUCGGUAGGUCAAUCUCAUAGAGUUCGUUUGGUUUUGCUCAUCUCUGAGUUACCACGUCAACGUUUUACGAAUCCAAAUCUGGAAAACACUUGUUCAUUGAAAAUGCUUGUUGAAGGUGAAGGAGCAGUCACAAAAUAAGUCAGUUCACGUUGAGUACUGGAUGCAUACUACUAUUUAGAUGAUGCAACCUAUAUCAAUGCUGCACUGUAAUGGUGGGAUUUUACACCUAUUGUCAGAUCUUGUCUUCAAUAGCAAAUAAUUGUAUAGUCGGAGCGUAACUAUAAUGUACAGUACUAUAUAUGUGUGAGUUGCUGCAAUGUCUGAAUGAAUAUUUGAUUUUCUUGCGUUUUCUAAAAUUAUGCAUAUCCAGUAACUGGGAUGAGUUCUUGGAUUUCUAUGAAGGGUUGAGAUGAAUGUGCCUAUUGAUAUGAAUCUGCUGUGUGUUAGUAUGUUGCAUUACUUCUGUAGACUAAAAAAAAAACCAGAAGAAUAUGACAAAAGAGAUCAACGUUUCCACUUUUAGUUGCAAGGUAUUUACAUUUGGAUCUGAUGCACACUUUAUUGGAUAGCAUUAUUAGUAAUGUAAUGUCAAAUUUUUGGUCGAGCAAAAGUACUGGAAAGAUUAAGCCUGUGACAAACUGACAUCAGCAAACCUCACCACUGCCCCUCUCAAUUGUUCUGUUUUGAAUGGUUACUCCCUUCAGUCUUGCGCUAUAUGAUAAAGGUUCUCCCAAUCAGUUUGGUUGCAUCUUUCUUUAAACAGGCUGACAAAAUAUUUUUCCGAAUUUACCUCCUGUGUUAUGUUACAUCAAUGAAAACAGGUGAGCCCAUUUUAAGGGAAGCCAUGCAACACUAAGCCAUGGCAUUACCUCCAUUGUGUUUUACAGAUGAGCUUGAAUAUUUGUGAUCAUGAGUAGAUUCUUUUUUUCCUCCUUUAGCCUUUCCAUCACUUUGGUAAAUGUCAGAAUUUGUCUUAUCAAUCAAUAAGAUGUCUUUUUAGCAGAUUCCAGGUUGGUCUUCAUAUUUUCAUUGUGAAUGAGUGGCUUGCAGCUUCUGGUGUUUCCUCAAUACCUUAGUUCUAGAGGUCUUCUGUGAACAGUACAUUUUGAUACCUUCACUCCUACCCCACCGUUAGUGUGUGUGUGUGUGUUUUUCUUAACAGCUCAUCAUGUUUUUGUAGUCAACUGCAGUUGUUUCCCUUUAUCUAUCAGAUUGACGUCUGUGAUUUCACAGAGCAGGGGUUCCUUUCUUCAGGACAUUGAAAGUGGUUAUGUGGCCAACAUUUGUCCAAUGACUAACAGAUUUUCCUUCUUCUCUUGGCAUCACAAUUGCUUUUUUCACCCCACCCAUAGUGUCGUGACCGAAAGAACAAGAUCCCGGAUACAAGGGACCGGAUUGAGUUUCCUCCGCAGGAUGUCCGGGCUCUCCCUUAGAGAUGGGGCGAGAAGCUCGAUCAUCCGGGAGGAUCUCAGAGUAGAGCCGCUGCUCCUCCACAUUGAGAGGAGCCAGAUGAGGUGGCUGGGGCAUCUGAUUCGGAUGCCUCCCGGACGCAUUCCUGGUGAUGUGUUCCGGGCACGUCCCAACGGGAGGAGACUCCAGGGACGACCCAGGACACGCUGGAGAGACUACGUCUUUCGGCUGGCCUGGGAACGCCUCGGGAUGCCCCCGGAAGAGAUGGAUGAAGUGGCUGGGGAGAGGGAAGUCUGGGCGUCCAUGCGAAAGCCCCGCGACCCUACCUCGGAUAAGCGGUAGAAAAUGGAUAGAUGGAUGUACUCCACCCAUAGCUUUCUGAAACUAGGCAUAGACAUUCUGCACUAUUUAUUUGAAAAAUCAGUGUAAUAGGCAACAACCCAGUCCAGUCAGUCACGUUUCAAAACAUUAGCUCACAUGAAAAAAAUGGUGGGUUCAAACAAAAAGUGUUAUCUUCUAAAUUGUGCAUCAGAUCCAGAUGAAAGUACCUGUAAAAAAAAAAAAAGUUAAACUGUCGAUCUCAUGUUCAUCUUUUGAGGUCAAGCUCAAAUGUUUUCAGUUCUAGCACUUUUGGAGGAGAGUGUAUACACACACACACACACGCGUUUCUUUGAACUGUUUGCACAAAGCUGAUGUCAUGCAUCUUGCUGUAUGUAUGACAUGUUGCCACUUCUGUAUUAUGUACAUACCUUUUAGGUACGUGUAGACUGUCUAGAAUAGUACCUAAGUGUCAGUUAUGAUUGUCAUGCUUCAGUGUACGUUCAUAGUUCCAAUAUUUAAUCCAAUACAUUUUGUUGCUGGGUAACAUUUAUUUGAAAAUUGUGACAAAAGUUUUUGGCCAGUCUGAUGUAAUGCAGAUCAAAAUAACAAUAAAUAAAAACAUUUUUGUCCAA